AUGUUACUAUAUGACAACAGCAUAGACAUUAGAAUACCAAAAGAGCAUAAAGACAUCUCCCAGCUGAUAGCAGCGCAGAACUACCAGUACAUGUUUGCAGGAGGCUCUGAUCAGGACGAGUUUUUAAUCGUGGACCUAAUGCAGCCGGUGCCCGAAGUGGAUCUGCACAUUGAAGACAUUCUUGGCAUGAACGACGUAGACAGCGCAAAGGUCAUAUCAAUCGAGUACACAUCCGAUGGAUUCAAACAGGGGAUAGACACUUUUCUGCAUAAGUACAGCAGCAGUGCCAAGCCUGUGAAGGUGGAGAAAGAGCCCAACGCGCUCGACUGGAUGUGUGCUAGAAUAGAUGGAUACAUCUCCCGAAAUGACGGGAAAGUGCGUCUCAUGCAUAUAUACAUAGGCGUAACAAAGUACACACUGUCGGACAUUGUAAUCAGCAUAUUUAAAGAAGGAGUUGUGUCCGAAGAGAAGGAGAAAGAGAUACAAGAGAUGAUGCGCACUGUAAAGGUCCUAAACUCUGACAUAUUUAUAACUAAAUAG